AUGGAACAGAAUUCUUCUGACUUGGAUGCAUGCGAUGGAGAAGAUUUAGAGCCGUUGAGACGUAUCUGGCCUGAGGGAUCCGCUCAUCUCGAAUAUACACCAAAGGUGGUUAGCAAGAGCGAAGAGGAUGACGAGAAAGUCGUAAAGGAACAGAAACCAAUCAAGAAUCUUAAGGCUCGCUCGACUCCAGGCCCGCGAAGAUCAAGUCGUCAACAGACAGCACUGGAAAUUAAGGAAUCUGAAACUUUAGAAAAGGAAGCUGAAACGUUAAGACAUCAACACUUUGAAGACUCGAUCGAUUUAGAUUCACUUUCUGUAGAUGAAGAUGGUGUACCUCGAAGUUAUUAUGAAGAACUUGAAGCUAUUGACGAUACUAGAGCACUUAUGAAUUUUUUAGAAAGUGAUAUUGCCGAUUCUUCUGAUUUGGAUGCGUGUGAUGAAGAAGAGAUUUUGAAAUGUAUUUGGCCACGUGGAUCUGCUCAUUUCGAAUAUAUACCAAAAGUGGUUAGCCAACGCAAGGAUGACAUUGAUGAUGAGAAGCAUAUCAAUAACUGCGAACCGAUCAACAAUUCGAAGAAUCCAACGGAUCAAAGUUUACUUAAACCAAUUCCAGAAGCACUGAAGGACGAUGAUAAGCGCAAGGUUUCUCUUGAGAAGCGUAUCCAGUACUCCAAUCCAACCAUCAAGGGACCUAGUCAAAAUCUACCAGCCUCGAUUCCAGAAAGCCCAAAGGAAGUUAAAAAGCUUCAAGAAACCGAAGAAAAACCAAUCAAAUAUUUAAAACCAAUACGAAACCCUUUAAAUCCAAAUGGAAGAUUAUUACCAGCACCGAUACCGAAACAAACUCGCCACUAUCGAAAGAAAGAAGCACUUAAAGAAAUGGGAUCUGAAGCUUCUUUGAAUAUGGUAGCUAAUUGGUGUAAAGCUACAAAACCUAAACCUACGCCUAUCGAACCUGUUAAUCAUAUUGAUCCGGUACUUAUUCAAUUAUCUAAAGGAUAUGGUUCUCAAAUCCCUUCUAAAAGAAAAAGGGAUGAGGAUAUUAAUCUAUGUGGGUGGGAUUUCUUGGAUAUUAUCAUUCCAAAACAAUUCUUUGUUUGGUCACUGAUAUUUAUUACACUAUUCUUUUCAAUAGAAAUCAUACUGGUCAACAACCUAAUGAUCGGGAUCGACGUGAUUUCGAUUUGUAAUUCGAACCACCAACAGCUUGUAGUUUGUUAUAAUACUUUUUCGAACUAG